UUACGUCAUUUCCCGUAUUGUGACGUGUUUCCGCUUAUUCUGAACGAAAAUGGGUCAAAAUCAGAGUGGCGGCCACGGCCCCGGAGGAGGGAAGAAAGAUGACAAGGAUAAGAAAAAGAAGUAUGAACCACCCAUUCCUACCAGGGUUGGGAAGAAGAAGAAAAAGUCAAAGGGACCAGAUGCUGCCAGCAAGUUGCCUUUAGUCACCCCUCACACUCAGUGUCGCCUGAAGCUCCUGAAACAGGAGAGAAUCAAAGACUACCUGCUGAUGGAGGAGGAGUUCAUCCGCAACCAGGAGCAAAUGAAGCCGCUGGAGGAGAAGCAGGAGGAGGAGAGAUCGAAGGUAGAUGAUCUGCGGGGAACUCCCAUGUCAGUCGGGACCCUGGAGGAGAUCAUAGAUGACAACCAUGCCAUCGUGUCCACAUCCGUGGGUUCGGAACAUUAUGUCAGCAUCCUGUCAUUUGUGGACAAGGACCUCCUCGAGCCAGGCUGCUCCGUGCUGCUUAACCACAAGGUCCAUGCAGUCAUCGGUGUGCUUAUGGAUGACACGGACCCACUGGUUACAGUCAUGAAAGUAGAGAAGGCACCACAGGAGACAUAUGCAGACAUUGGAGGGCUGGACAGCCAGAUCCAGGAGAUUAAGGAGUCAGUGGAGCUUCCGCUCACCCAUCCAGAGUAUUAUGAAGAGAUGGGGAUCAAGCCCCCAAAAGGGGUCAUCCUGUAUGGCCCACCUGGCACAGGGAAGACCCUGCUGGCCAAGGCAGUGGCCAACCAGACGUCAGCCACGUUUCUCCGUGUAGUGGGCUCUGAACUCAUCCAGAAGUACCUGGGGGACGGUCCCAAGCUGGUGAGGGAGCUCUUCAGGGUGGCUGAGGAGCAUGCACCCUCCAUAGUCUUUAUUGACGAAAUUGACGCCAUUGGGACAAAGAGGUAUGACUCCAAUUCUGGUGGUGAGCGUGAAAUCCAGAGGACUAUGCUGGAGCUGCUCAACCAGCUGGAUGGCUUUGAUUCGCGGGGGGAUGUUAAGGUUAUCAUGGCCACCAACAGGAUAGAGACCCUGGACCCUGCCCUUAUCCGGCCAGGCCGGAUUGAUCGUAAGAUUGAGUUCCCGCUCCCAGACGAAAAGACCAAGCGGAGAAUCUUCCAAAUCCACACUAGCCGGAUGACUGUGGCUGAUGAUGUGACUCUGGACGACCUCAUUCUGGCCAAGGACGAUCUCUCCGGUGCUGACAUCAAGGCAAUAUGUACAGAAGCUGGGCUAAUGGCACUGCGAGAGCGCAGGAUGAAAGUCACAAACGAAGACUUCAAGAAGUCAAAGGAGAAUGUUCUUUACAAAAAGCAGGAGGGCACACCUGAGGGACUGUACUUGUAACUCCAGCACCUCUUUUGCUUUGCCACUUCCCCAUCUGCACUUCAAUGCAGUAACCCUUGCUUUCUCUAAUAUUGCUUUUUCUACAUGCAUGUUGCAGGUGUUGUCGUCAUCUUGUGAAAAUCACAUACUGAAAAUAAAAUUCUUAUGUUCAGAACAGUCUUUCUGUUGCAAACACUCUUUUUAGCCAAAGAAAAUGGAAGCAAGGAAUUCAGUUAUUUUGUCUAAGUAAUCAACACAAAUUUUACUGAGAAUGUUUAAAAAUAAUGCCAAAACAAUACCAAGUAUUCAGGCGCAAUAGAGCAAUUGUACAUUAAUGCUACAAGUUUCAUAAAAUGUAGACAUUUUGUAUUAAAGAAAAAACCGCUUACAAAAA